AUGCCAAUUCUCAAAUCCCUUGCCACCUUUGGCCUUUUUCUCGGCGUUGAUGCCUUCCGCAUCUACGAAGUCGCUGAUCUUGACAAUUACGAUGUUGGGGAUGCAUGCGUCAGUGCCUUAUCCGCUGAUAUCGCCUGCAAUCCGUAUAUACAAUCGUUCAUGGAGUUGAGCUAUCGAGGCUCCCUGGAAAACGUUACUCUAACCGACGAGAUUUGCACGGCUACCUGCUCUGCGUCGCUUCGAAAGUGGUUUAAUGGCGUUUCCAAGGACUGUGCGGGCAAAAGCUUUGGGUCGAGCAAUGCUGUUCUCACGCAGUAUGGCGGUAACAUUUGGGCCGGCUGGAAUGAGACGUGCAUCAAAGAUCCCAAGACGAAGAGAUAUUGUAACGACAUUAUUGAUGAGUUCUCCGACGUCGAGGAGGGCGAGGAUUUGCCUCGCGCGGAGCUAUGCCACAUUUGCUAUCUUCGACGCCUUAUUCUCAUGCAGUCCUCGCAGUACUCCCUCUACGACGAGUUCUACCAGCAGGAGCUUGAGCUUGUCUACAAAGUGUGCGGAGGCUCAGGGCCCACAGACAUUCUGCCGCCUCUCAAAGAGAAAGAGGUAGAGACGCCCUUCUGCCUGACUAGCAAGUACUACACAACCAAGGAGGGAGAUACCUGUGACUCCAUCUCCAAGGCUUCGGGAGUCUCUGGCGCUUUACUGUACAUGGGCAACCAAGAGGCCAUCGGUGACUGUCUCAAGGUCCCCGCAGGCCUCAAGCUUUGCCUCCCCAUGACGUGCAAGACGUACUACGUGCAGCCUGACGACACUUGCUUCAGCAUAGAGACUUCGCAGGGGAUUCGCUGGGACGACGUGCAAUUCUACAACUCGUGGAUCAACCACGCAUGCACCGACCUCCAGUCGGGCACCGAUUUCUACGGCAAGUCCAUCUGCAUCUCCGCUCUCGGCGACCUCAGCUCUGUUACAGAAGUCCCCAGCACUCAGCGCAAGAUCAGCAGCGGAAACGGACCUACCUUCGUGCUCAUUACGCCGCCGAAAGACGCCGAGGUGGCCGAGGGCACGACGCUAAACUGUGGCCAGUGGCACGUCGUCACCAAGUCGGAUACUUGCGAUAGCAUCUGCAAGGAGAAUGACAUCUGCGAGGGCAACCUCAUGUACGACAUCAACCCUUCGUUGUCGGGUAGGGAUAAGUGCACUGCGAGCCUGGUUCCCGGCGAGGCCUUGUGCGUAGCGCCCAUUUCAGGAUGGAACAUUACGUACGAAUCCACCGGAGAGCUGUAG